AUGGUAGGCAGAGCCUUGGACCCGCGUUUCCCCUCCCCUAAAUCUUUCACAGAGAUUAUUUCUAGAACCAUUGAACUCGAUCCAUCACUCAGUCUGACAUUCCUCUCUUCUCUUGGCUCACAACUGCACCAGUCCGCGAGUCGUGUCUUGUUUUACACCGUGUCACUGCCCGACAACGCCAAUGUGCUCUCAGGCACUCCACCGCGUACCAACUUGCAUGCCCUUCUCUCAAACCCGUCCCGAUAUGCUUCGAGCGUUAGAAAAUUAUCCAUCACCACCCCCACUUUUCCAAACGACGGUCUCUGGUCAUUCAAGCCUAUCGAUACCGAAGUUCUCGUCUCUCUGCUUAAGAUGUGUCAUGCUAUUGAAGAGCUAGCUUGGGAGAGUGUGCUGCCUCCUCCAGACGGCAUAUGUGAGAGCUUAGUAUCGUUCAACUCACGACUCGCGCGAAUCUCUUUCGUUCAUCCUCCGUUUUCUCCCCGAAGUAAUAUCAAGUGGGAUGCCCCGUCGCUUCCGUUACUUGGGACAAGCAAUCUCACCUCUCUCCGUGUGUCUCGUCUUUCUCAAUCCGGUGCACGCGCGUUUGGUCAGUUAUUGGAUCAUUUGGGUGCUACUUCCUUGCUCGAGGUCCUUUCCAUUGAUUUCAUUUGGUUGGAUGAUCUCCUGUGCGACAAAAUUGUAGCCGCAGGAAGAAAACUGCGCCACCUGACUCUGUCCACUAAUGGCACCAAAUUGACCGAUCGUGGGCUAGUCACCAUAUUAGAGGAAUGCCACACAUUGGAAGAGUUCGUGAUGGACGAGGUCCAAGGCCGCCUUUCAAAAGGGUUAUGGACCAAACCUGUAUCCUUUGCGUCUGCUCUUAAAACCGUUCGCGUGAUUAUUUCCGAAUCAGGGCCUCAUCAUUCUUGGGCGCUGGAUCACCUUCAAUCUAUUCACGCUGUCCUAACAUCAGUCUCUGUACUCGACAUCGUUCGCCGCGACCCUCUACCUUCUAUGCAUUGUGACUUGCCUGUAUUUGAUGGUGCGAUCGAUGAAGUAGCCGCCCUCAAACCUGUGCCAGCCGCUUUUAUGAACCAGAUCCGGGAGAAGAGUGGACUCGAAUCCCUUCGCUGUGACUUUUGGUCUUUCACCCCCGCAGACUUGAAGCUGAUUCUCGAAUGCUUACCUAAACUUGAGCGCCUCCUUCUAUGUUUUGACGGGCCCUUCACCAAGCUAGUUUCUUUGACUUCUUAUCUGUCAAGCAUCAGAGAGCUUUCCGUGUCAUUGUUACCUCACCAUGCGCCGGGGAAAGCCCCAAUGCCAAUUGUUUCAACCGAUCCCCAAGCCUCUCUGCCGACACCUUCAGAGUCGCCCAUUUUCAAGUCAAAAUCUACGCUUCCACCAUUACUGGAUUUGGACCAAAUGCAAGCCCAAGACCCCUCAAUGCCGCUGCUACGAGAUGUCAAACGUUUUGUCCGCAAAUGCCCUCGAUUGGAAGUCUUAGAAUGGUCCGGUAAGAACGCGCGAGGAUAUUGGGUCGUUAGCCGUCUCGCAAAUGCAAGCACCAAGAGCGCGAACGUUUCUGUCGAAUAUUUCCUGCCAGUACUUGACCCGGUUGUUUGGAAUGCCGUCAAACGUGAACAGAAGAUUGAAGAUGCUUUGAGGCGAGGCUGGGGUGGUUUCACGGACAUCGAGCGACUUGGCUUUGUAUGGACAGGCCCAACGGCAGAAGCUUUCGCCGCGGAACGUCUUGCUGCAGAAAAAGAAAGGGACGAAGCGACACCUCAGAUAGAACGUGGAAAACCUCGCGACUCAACGAAACGAACGAGACUGGCGUCUAUGUCGAUCUCAACUACCUCACCUGUUACGAGCCCCACUUCGCACGCUGUCUCUCCCGGCCAUCAGCAAGCACCAUUGACCCCUCCACUGUCUGAUCACGACUGUUCCAGUGAAGAAGCUAGUCCAGUUGCGACAACACGAGCGCUGUCUGAGCCCAACGGUAGAGCUCGAACCCAGAUUAGUAGGUCGCAACGGGACUCUACGGUCAAAGCUAGAGAGACAAUAAGAGGAGGGAAAGCACCGCGAGGGAGAGGUGCUUCUACUUCGACUCGUGGCAGCAGCUCUUCCAAAAAGGCCUCCGGUGUGAAGACAAGCUCAGGUAGAGGUGGUAGAGGUGGUCGUGGGGGAGGAAGCAGACGGCAAACAACUUGA